AUGGUGUGUGAAAUAAAAGAGGAGUUGAAGGGGCUGCUAUCACAAAAUCAGCUAGAGCAAAUGGAGGAGUAUUCUGUGAAGGACAUGGUGAAAUUGUAUACAGGAAGUGUGGAAAAUGUAGGAUGGGAUAAAUUUGUGUGGAAUAGGUUAACUGUGCCUAAACACAGAUUUUUUGUAUGGCUCACUAUGAACAACAGACUACAGACAACUAGCAUAUGGCACAAGAUAGGAAUUGCAAGCUCAGCAAGCUGUUUAAUUUGUGAUGAUGAUGAAGAAACUCAAACACAUCUCUUGUUUGAGUGUAAGUAUAGCUCUGCAGUGUUUAGACAGGUGAAAAGGUGGUGUGAGCUUCCUGAUAAUCUCACAAAUAUCAAUAUAGCAUUGAGAUGGAUAGCUAGAAGCAGGAAGUCAUGUUUCCAGAAGAAGGUGUUGUUUGCAAUCAUGGGAGCAAUGAUCUAUCACAUCUGGGGGUCAAGAAAUGAAGCCUACUGGAAUCAGAAAGUUAUAACUAUACAUAGGAUUGUAAAUACAAUUCAGAAAGAGAUUGUGGAAAGAUUAUAUAGAGUGAUGCCUAAGAAAGUAGGUACAGCAAGAAAGAUGUGGCUUAGGCGUCUAGCACAUCAAGUUUGUAACUAG